CUCUACACGCUUUCUGCAAUCAAACGAUCAAAAUACUCGAUCUACUUUUACUUUUCUCUGCAAUUCAAUCUCAUAUCAUUACUGUUUAUAUUUCUUUUAUAUUUCUCUAUUUGAAUUUUAUUUAAUUUUCUGAUUAUUAUUAUUAAAAUGGCUGAAAAAGACACACACCACGUUGUUGAAAUCCCAGUAGACCAAGAACAUCAGAACAACAACAAGGUUUUGUUGUUGUCAAACAUGUUUGAAGCAAUUGAGGACCACCCUUUAACCGAGAUAUCCGAAAGUCCCGGUCACCUCUUACUCUUGAAGCUUUGGCAAAGAGAAGAAAAUCUCUUCGCCAAACGCAUUGCAAGAAAAGAAACAAGAUUGGGUUCAAUAAAAUCUGAACUUUUUCAACUUGCCUCUUUUUUCUUUAUCUUUCAUGGUUUUUUCUUGACCCUUUUGUUCACUUCAUGGGCCAAGGCCCAACAAGCCCAAAACGGCCCAGUUGCUGUUUGUAAGAUUUGGUGGGUUCCUUCCAUGGUGUCACUUUGCACUUCACUUGUGUUUGUGCUUUUGGUUCAAGUGAAAUUGCAAAGGUAUUGGAAGGUUUGGGAACAGUUACAAAGGGAGAGGAAUGAUAGUAGAGGUGUUGGUAGGUGUGUUCAAGAGUUGAGGAUGAAAGGGGCUAGCUUUGAUUUGUCUAAGGAGCCUGUGAAUGGGAAGAAGAUGAAGAGUUCAAGCGUUGAGAUUAAAUGGAAGGUGGUUACUUUGUUUUCUCAUUAUUUGCUUACUGUUUGUCUUGUUUGUUUUACAGGUUUGGCUUUUCCUAUUUCCAAAUUUGUUCUUUGUGGGUUGUGAUGAUGAUGGAGCAUGGAUUUAUUGAUUUUAGUUGAUGGUUGUUGAUAAUGAUGAGGACUAGCUAUUAUGCCUCUGCUAUGGGAAUGAAGCAUUUUUGGUCCGAUUGAUCUGAUGAAGAUCUGACAAUAUAGAUUCUGAGUUUUUGAUUUUCUGAAAUCCAAAGCAUUAGUCAUUUGAUCUCAACCUGACUUAGAUAAUGGCGGCGACAAUGGAAAUGAUUGAUUUUUAGUGAAUCAUGGACAAAGUACCAGGGUUUCAAUUCAAACUAAGCAAAUUUCGCAAAGAUGGGAAUGAAGCACCAUCUAUGAAGAUAGGAGACAAUCAUCACUGGUUUCAAGUUGCAACUCAAGAAGGAUUUCCUUGAUGAUUAGCUACACCUCUUGUGUGCUCUUGGUAUCUACAAUUUUUUUAACACUUGUAAUGCAGCUGUUAGUAUAACAGCUGCUUCAAUUUUGAUUCAUUUUGUAUACACUAAUGCAGCUUGUUAUACUGCAUGCGGCUUCAAUUUUGAUUCAUUUUUGUACUACUAUUCAUUUGAAUAUCUUAUCUUAUGAAAUAAAAGCCACCCUUCAGUUUUGCAA